GAUCAUCAAGCGGCACUGCUCGUCUUGUUUGCGUGUUUAUACAACAUCUCAAUGAGAGCGAUCUUGCUAGUUUGCGCCCUCGUCGGGCUGUCGUCGUCGCAACCCCAGCUUUUCCAGCACCAACGACAGCCGACCGGUCAGUUUUUUAACACGCAGCCCGUCCGGCAACAGUUCCAGAACCCGCCGCAGAGGCAGUUCCGACCGUCCCAGCAGGAUUUCGGUUCGGCACAGUUCCAAAGGCCCCAGAACUUCGUAAAUCAACAACCCAGUUCAGGGCGACAGUCCGUUACCCCGCAACAGCCUUUUAAUCCGCAGUUCCAGGCUCAACAGUCAUUGUCUAAUCAGCAAUUCCAAGGGCAGCAGUUCCAGCAACCACUUAAUCAGCAAUCGGGCAGGCAACAAUUUUCCGGUAUAAUUCAAUCGACGCAGGAUUUGCUGAGGAGUUUCCUGCAGCGGGAAUUGGAGCAGAAACCGCAACCCGAUCCCGCACACGUGCAAAAUCCCCAGCAAGCGCGUAUUUUAAAAUACGACAACGAAGAAUUUCCGCCGGAGGCUUACUCGUACUCAUUCGACACAAGCGACGGCAUCCACAAGGAUGAAAUCGGAGUAGUGAGGAAUGCGGGCACAGAUAACGAAGCGUUGGCCGUACAAGGGAGUUACUCUUAUAUAGGUCCAGACGGGAAAGAAUAUACCGUUUCGUAUACGGCGGACGAAAACGGCUUCCAGCCUGCGGGAGAACACAUUCCGCCGGCGGCGAAUGUCAGGAAAACGCCACAGCUGGGCGUUCCUUCGGCGGCACUAGCCUCACUAGCGGGCGGCGGUCUAGGUUAAUUUAUUGUCAGUUAACGAGCGGUAGAUACAACGUUCUAGUCUGUGUAAUUAGGGGUUAUAGAGGCAGGCUUAUUAGUCUAAGCAAAUGGUUUCUGUAAAAACGCCACUAAACCAAAAUAUGUCCACAAAAACACGGUCCAGUUUUUAUAAAUUUUUUAUAAAUGCUUUGUUGUUCUUACUGUUCCUACUAACUAACUAACUAACAUUUUCAAUGAUGAAGAUUGUUGCUCCCCACAUUCGUGAGAAAUUCUUA